UGCUCAGACUAAACUGUGGUCUGGUGGUGGUAGGUUUCCUUAGGUUUCACGCAUUCCUGAGCAAUUGCGGAGACAUUGCAUCGUCAGGCGUGUACAGUCCUGGUUGUCAGCCUGGGCUGUCACAAGCCGUUUGAAUGGAUCGCAGCAGAUGCCACUCCCAGCAGUUUGUUGUCGCUCGUAGUCAGAACUUUUGAGGGUUCGGUGUUUGAAUGCAGGCGCCGUUUUGUUUGAAAAGUUGGUUUUGAAAGAGCUGGCGAGGCAUUUAAAGCGGUGCUGAAGUUUUCAUUGACGAAGUACAAGUUUUAAAGAGGGAUUUUUUUUUUAUAAUAAAUAAACUUCCCCGACCAAGAAGCAUAAGCGACACAAAUUUCACCCACGCUAAAUUCCACCGACAUUCAUUGUUCCCAAAAUUCAACAUUUUCUACCGAAACAAACGUUGAUUUUUUUUUUAUUUUGAGAAACCCAGCAAUUGCUUUUCGGUUCAUUGGCUCCAGCAACUCAAACCAUCUCAUUCAACAUGGCUGCUGGAAUGCUCAUGCCUUUGGACAAGCUGAGGUCCAUCUACGAGGCCCUCUUCCGCGAUGGGGUCAUGGUGGCCAAGAAGGACCGCCGGCCCGACAGCAUCCACCAGGAGCUCGUCGGGGUCACCAACCUCCAGGUGUCGCGCGCCAUGGCCUCGCUCAAGUCGCGCGGCUUCGUGCGGGAGACCUUCACUUGGCGCCACCACUACUGGUACCUGUCCAACGAGGGCAUCGGUUACCUGCGAGACUACCUGCACCUGCCGCCCGAGAUCGUGCCCGUGACGCUACACCGCGUCCGUCAGCCGCUGCCGGCCUCCCUCCCGGGCCGUCGGCCGCAGACCGGGCCGCUGGGCGCUGGACGGGGACGGGGCACGGCCAGAGCCUACGGAGGGGACGACCGCGAGAACUACCGCUCGGGCACGCAGGCCCAAGCGCAGGCAAGGGCCAUCCCCGAGGGGAAGGACGGAGGGGCGAGCGUGAGGAAGGUGGAGAGCGCCGGGCUCGGCUCCGCGCAGAGCUUUGAGUUCCGGGGCGGCUACGUACGCCCGAGCCGUGCCAGCCUGCCACCCGCAAAGGCGGUGGAGGACGAUGAUGAGCGUGAGCGCGUGCAGAAGAAGACCUUCACAAAGUGGGUCAACAGCCACCUGGUCAAGUCCAAGCGACAGGUGAACGACCUGUACGAAGACCUGCGCGAUGGACACAACCUCAUCUCGCUGCUGGAGCUGCUGUCCGGGGAGAUGCUGCCCAGGGAGAGAGGAAGCAUGCUGGUGCACAAGAUGCAGAACAUCAAGAUCGCCCUGGACUUCAUGCAAAGACGCCAAAUCAAGCUGGUGAACAUCCGGAGCGAUGACAUCGCAGAGGGAAACCCCAAGCUCACCCUGGGGCUCAUCUGGACCAUCAUCCUUCACUUCCAGGUGUCCGACAUACAGGUGGGGGAGCAGCACCGGGACCUGGGCGCGAAGGAGCGCCUCUUGCUGUGGGUGCGUCGCGUUGUGCAGGAGUACCCGGACUUGCGCUGCGACAACUUCACGACUUCGUGGCGCGACGGCAGACUCUUCAACGCCAUCAUCCACCGCCACCGACCCGACCUCCUGGACAUGAAGAAGGUCUACCAGCAGAACAAUCAGCAGAACCUGGAGCAGGCCUUCAGCCUGGCCGAGCAGAACCUGCGAGUCCCACGCCUGCUUGACACCGAAGAUGUCGAUGUCAAAUCUCCUGAAGAGAAGUCGUUGGUGACAUACGUGGCCGCUCUUUACGAGGCCUUCCCGAAGAUCCCAGCGGAUGGCAUCACGAUCUACGAGGUCGACAAGAAAUGGAAGGAGUACGAAACCAAGAUCAGCUUCCUGCUCUCCUGGAUCAAGGAGAAGAUGCAGAAAGUGGAGAGCCAGGGCAGCACCAUGAGCCGAGAGGAGCUCAAGGAUUUCCAGAUUCUGUUGCUGCAGCUGAAGGAGAAAGACAUUCCCGGCAGAGAUGGGGAAAGAGCCAGCAUCGAGAAACUUUACAAGGCAUUGCAGGUUUGGAUCGAUUUUGGUCGCAUAAAGGUGACCCCUGGUCAGUCCCCGGCAGAUGUGGAAAAGGAACUGGGGAAGUUGGUCAAGGCCAUCCAAGCGGGAGAGACGAAGGCUCAGCAGGAAACCUCCAGGCUCGCCAAAUUCGCCGCUGCAUCUAAGCCUGCUGCUGGCCCCGUGGACGAGAUAAAAGUCAUCGAGGCACAGUCAGUGCAGGCACCGCUGAUGCAGUUCCAAGAGCAAGUAAAGAUCCCGGCCGACAUUGCGACCAAAGCCAAGGCGGCACAAGCGGAGGCCAAGGCGAAGGCUCAGCGAGAGGCCAAGGAGAGGGAAAGAGUUGACCAAGAAGCCAGGGCGUUGGCAGAAGCCAUAGGAAGAGAACAACUAGAAGCCAAGGCAAAGGAGGCGGAGGCUCGAGCCAAAGCCCAGGAGGAGGCAAAAGCAAAGGCAAAGGCUGAGCAGGAGGCAAAGGAAAAGGCCAAGGCCGAGGCUGCAGCAAAGGAGGCGCAAGCCAAGGAGGCGGCCGCUAAAGCCAAAGCUGAAGAAGAGGCAAGGGCCAAGGCAAAGGCUGAGCAGGAGGCGAAAGAAAGAGCCAAAGCUGAGGCGCAAGCCAAGGAGGCGGCCGCUAAAGCCAAAGCUGAAGAAGAGGCACGGGCCAAGGCAAAGGCUGAGCAGGAGGCGAAAGAAAGAGCCAAAGCUGAGGCGCAAGCCAAGGAGGCGGCCGCUAAAGCCAAAGCUGAGGAGGAGGCAAGGGCCAAGGCAAAGGCUGAGCAGGAGGCGAAAGAAAGAGCCAAAGCUGAGGCGCAAGCCAAGGAGGCGGCCGCUAAAGCCAAAGCUGAGGAGGAGGCAAGGGCCAAGGCAAAGGCUGAGCAGGAGGCAAAGGAAAAGGCUAAGGCCGAGGCUGCAGCAAAGGAGGAGCAAGCCAAGGAGGCGGAGGCUAAAGCCAAGGCCCAAGAGGAGGCCAGAGCAAAGGCGAAGGCAGAAGCUCUGGCUAAGGCGCAGGAAGAGGAAAAGGCCAGGUUGAUAGCUCAGCAGCAGACCAAGGUAAGGAUCCAAGCCGAUGCUGCAGCGAAGGCAUUAGCGGACUCCAUUGCCAAGCAGCAAGAGGAGGCCAAGGCCAAGGAGGCCGAGGCCAAGGAAAGGGAAGCGGUGAAAGCGAAGGAAGCAGAAGAUGCCAGGCUGCGGGUGGAAGCGGAGGCGCGGGCGCUGGCAGAGUCCCUGAGCAAGGCCCAGGCUGAGGGGAAGGCCAAGGAGGCUGAGGCUAAAGCCCAGGCGGAGGCUGACCAAAAGCUUAACUUCAUCAAGGACCUCAUGGCCCUCAUGGAGGAAAAACAGAUGGAGAUUGAGAGUGCCGACUGGGGGAUAGACCUCUCCUCCGUGGGGGCCAACUUGCAGAGCCACAAGAAUCUCCACCAGGUCCUGGAGGGCCUGAACACCAAAGUUGUGGAGGCCCAGGCUUAUGAGAGUAAAGUUCCAGCAAGCCGUAAGAAGAAUUACACAGACAGUUUGGCAGCGCUAACGGCUACUUAUAAUAAAUCACUUGCCGCGUCAGGGGUUCGCUCCACACGACUGCAGGAGCUGCUCGCCUUCUUGGCUCCAGCUGAGGCCGAGCUGGCGUGGGCCAAGGGCCAGGAGACGGAGCAGCUGGAACGCGACUGGAGCGACAAGAACGCCGACAUGGAGGCUCAGAGGAAGAGCCUUGACGCAUCGCAGAAGAAGCUGAACGAAAAGCAACCCAUUUUUGCGGACAUCAAGAAGCUGGGAGAAAAGCUGUUGUCAGAUAAGCACCCUGCCAAGUCUACUAUUGAGGCUUCCCUCGAGGGGCUCGGCGCCCAGUGGGCCUGGCUGACGCAGCUCGGCGACUGUGCGGAAACUCACCUGCAAGAGAACGCUGCUUAUUUCCAGUUCUUCCGCGACGUGGACGACACCGGCAAGGAACUGAGCGCCGCGCGGGAUUCGCUGAACCAGGCGUACGCGUGCGACGCUUCCACCGACGUGCCACGCCUUGAGAGCCUGCUCCAGCAGACGCACACGGAGCAGCGCCUGGUGCCUCUGAAGGGGAAGGUGCACGAGCUGGUGGGAAGGUCCCAGUCGGUGCUCAAUCUAAAGCCACGAAGGCCCGGCCACCCCCUGAAGGGCCCUGUCACCAUCACGGCCAUCACAGACUACACGCAGCCUGAGCCACCGCGGUGCCCCUUGCAGGUGACGGUGAAGAAGGAUCAGGAGUACGAGCUGAAGGACAACUCGGACGCGACGCGGUGGCGCGUGGCAAGCGUCGGCAGGAAGGACGCGACCGUGCCCUCCGUGUGCUUCGUGCUGCCUUCGCCAAACCCAGACGCUUUGCAGGCCGCGGAGCGACUAAGACAGCAGCACAAGGAUCUGCUCGCAGCCUGGAACGGCAAGACGGCAGACCUGCGCAGCUUAUUGGCCUGGCACCACCUGCUGCAAUACACCAAGAUCAUCCGUGCUUGGGACCUUCCCACGCUGAAGAAGCUGGCACUGGGACAGAAGGAGGAGGCGCUGAAGGAGCUGGAGCGCCGUCGGCAGGCCUUCCUGGAGGAGCGCGCCGCCUCGCAGGCGCCUGGCGAUGCCGAGACGGCACAGGCCGAGGCGGAGGUGUCCACCUGCAAGCAGCACGUGGCACAGCUGGAGGCCAGCAUGCACAGCGGUGAGCAUCCUCUAGUGGCACAGCUAAAGGCCGGCAUGCACAGCGAGGAGCAGAGCGAGGCAGCGUGCGCUCGCUGCGUGGCGGCGCUGAGAGACCUCCGCAGGCGGCUGGGAGAGAAGGAGGAGCGCGUGGCGGCCGGGUGCCGUGGCGGCCUGCAGGGAGACCACGAGCAGCACAGCGGCGCUCGCGUCGCACAGCACGAGGAUCUGCAGAAGGAGCUGGAGGCGCUGGCCGGGGAGCUGGAGCAGCUGCAGCACGAGGGCGCCGCGCUGCUGGCUCUGAGCCCCGCGCCGCCCAGCAGCGGCGCCCUGCGCUCAGAGCUGCCGCUCGCCGCCCAGCAGAGGGAGCGCGCCGACGCCCUGCUGCUGCUGCUCGUCCAACGGUUGCGCGCCAUGGGAGAGGUGGUGAGCUCCAGCCGGGACUCCGAGCGCUGCCUCGGAGCCCUGGAGGUGAGACUGGCCCAGGAGCCCGCGGCUGUGAUGGACCCCGACGCCCUCAACGCCUCCGUCAGGAACCUCAAGGCCAUUGCCGCCGACGCGGCGGAGCCGCUGGGGACCGCGCUGGAUGCAGCCGGGGCGGCGCUGCAGCGAGCCGAGGGUGCGGACGGCCCCCUGGCGCAGGCGGCCGGGGGCCACGCGGACCCCGACCUCGCCUCCUACAGGGAGCGCGACGCUCGGCUCCGAGGCCGGGCCAAGCAGCUGCAGACGGAGCUCGCCGCCAGGCUGGGUGACCUGGAGGCACUGUCCAAGAAAACGGCUAAGUUCCAUGAGAUCCAUCUUUGGCUCAUGCAGCUGCUGGAGCGGAGUGGUGAGAAGCAGAAGGGGCUGCUAGCUGCAGAUAAACCGGACUCCCAGAGCGUCACUCUGCUGCUGGAACAACAAAAGGCGCUGGUUGACGAGCUGGAGAAAGCGCAAAACAAGGUGGAUGAGUGCAGGAAGAGUGCAGAAGAAUGUGCAUCCCACGUGCAGAAAUACGACACGAGAGUGUCGACGUAUCGGACUUCCGUCGAGAAGCAGCUGAAAACACCGGCGCAGUGGCCAGCGGGCUCAAACGUGGCCGAAGAUUUGAACAAAGCGAGGUCAGACCUGGUGGGCAGAUACGGCACAAUACUGGGCCACGCCAAGCAGCAAGUGGGCUUCCUGAGCGACGACCUCAAGCGCAUUCAAGACGCUGAACAGGCUACAGCACAGCUGAACAGUCAGAGUCAAGAGGAGAAACUUGAAGAGACAUUGAAGAAUGCAAAAGUACCGCAGACUUUCAAAGGCCGCAACUGGACAAUAUGGGAACUCCUACACUCAAAUUACUUCACUGAUGAAGAGAAGAAAAUGUUCCUGGUUGACUUCCAGUCUGGGAAAAGAACAAUGGAUGAGUAUUACAUCUACAUCAUUCAGUUCCUGCAACAAAAGGAGAAGCAGCGUAAGAAAAAAGAGAUAACAUUCAAUGGCCUUCGCCAGGAAGUUACACUUGAAGAGCUCGUAGAAUCUGAAAUCAUCGACGAAAACACAGCCGAGCAGCUCAUAGAAGGGACAAAGUCAGUGACUGACGUUUCACCGUCCAUUGAAAGAUAUCUAGGGGGUGGCAGAAGCAUCGCAGGACUCUAUGUCGAAGCCACAAAAGAAAAAAUGCCAAUAGAUGCGGCAAUAAAGAAGAACCUGCUCACUCUGGGGACGGGAAUGGUAUUGCUGGAGGCUCAAGCAGCGACGGGUUCUAUGAUUGAUCCACUCAACAAUACGAAGCUGUCUGUAGAUGAAGCUGUCCAGAAGGGCCUUGUGAGUCCAGAAUAUCAAGAGAAACUAAGGUUGGCAGAGCGCGCAGUCACGGGUUACACGGACCCGAUCACGAAAAAAACCAUCUCGUUAUUUGAAGCGAUGGAGAAGGAAAUUAUUUUGAAGCAACAUGGAAUCCGUAUUCUUGAAGCUCAAAUUGCCACGGGAGGAAUAAUUGAUCCCCAGAACAGCCACAGACUUCCUAUUGAGGUCGCCUACAAAAGGGGCCUCUUUGAUAAAACAUUGCAUGCCGCUUUAUUGGAUCCGAGUGAUGACACGAAGGGAUUCUUUGAUCCAAACACGACCAAAAAUCUUACGUACUUGCAGCUCAUGAAAACUUGCAUAACAGAUCCAGACACAGGCCUAUGUCUGCUUCCACUCAAAGUCCAUGAAGUCAAAGAUGUUGGAGACAAGGCCACCCUCGAAGCAGUGGUACAGGGGACCGAGCAGCAGCUCCAGACUGCCACACAUGAAAGCAUUAAAGAAACACUAAAGACAACCAAUGUGGAUAUAACAAUAAAAGGCUCACCCGUAAAGAAAAUGACUUUGGAAGAGAUAUUUGCAAGUGACCUGAUCUCAGAUGAAGACAAAGACAGAUUAAUGAAAGAUUUCACAUCGGGUAAGAUCACGAUUCAAGAGUGGAUUCGGCUGAUUAUAAUGUUCAUUAAAAGACGAGAAGACCAGAAGGCUAGAGAAGAGGCAGCCAAGGAGAAAGUUGAAGAUGCCGUUGCACCUGUUCCUGCUCAGAAAUUAGAACAUGCGGUUAUAUCGGAAAAGCAGCUUUCGGAAAACUUCCAGAAAGCAACAGUUGAACUUCCUUUUGGAGGGCACGGAGACAAAAAGUUCUCAGUCGCAGAAAUCUUCCAAAGUGGUAUGAUUGAUGAAGACAACAAGAAGAAAUUGGUGGAGGACUAUAAGUCAGGAAAGAUUACAUUCGAACAACUGAUACUUUACAUCAUUGAGAUAAUCCAAGUCAAGAGAAAACCACAAAAAUAUGAAUCGGCUCCAAUUCCAGAGCCUGCAGAGCAACAGAUAGCUGAGAGUCUUAAAACCACAAUUGACAUUCACUUCGGAAGAUUUGCUGGGAAGAAGCCAUCCAUUGAAGAUAUAUUCAAAAGUGGAUUGGUCAAUGAAGGACAGAAAAAGCAACUUUUAGAGGACUACAAGCUUGGGAAUAUCACCAUGGAGCAAUUAAUAAUGUACAUUGUGCAAAUAAUUCAGCAAGCUGAGGCGAGUCAACGAAAGCCAGAAAAACAAACAGACAAAACCAUCCCACAAACUGAGCUGAGGCCAGACGUACCUACACCAGCAGUUGGGAUUCCGCAAAAGGAGGGUCCGCACAUUUCCUCUGAAGAACUGGCCGUGGAGAAUCUAAAAAAGACAACUUUGGACUUACCAUUUGGAAGUUUAGCUGGCAAAAAGUACACAUUGCAAGAGAUAUUUGAGGGGGAUCUCAUUGAUAAGCACAAGAAGGACCAGCUGAUGAGAGACUACAAGUCUGGAAAAAUUUCACUGGAGGAGCUAAUGAUAUUUAUCAUUGAAAUAAUUCGUCUGAAAGAAAGGGAAAAGACAAAGAAGUCCAUCACAUUCCAUGGUAUUCGCACUGAUGUGACAGUCGAUGAUCUGGUCAAAUCUGGUUUGCUGAAAGAAGACGUUGCCAAUCAGCUUGCAGAUGGUCUUAUUACACAGGAUGAAGUUCAAAAGCAAGUUGGAGGUUAUCUCGGGGGUAGUAGUGCAAUUGCAGGUCUGUAUGUUGAGGGAACAAAGGAAACGAUGUCUCUGUAUGAUGGCUUCAAGAAAAAUUUGAUCAAAACUGGAACGGGGCUUGUAUUGUUAGAAGCACAAGCAGCUAGUGGAUUUAUCAUAGACCCAGUGAAGAAUGAGAAAUUGUCUGUUGAAGAAGCUGUUCAGAAAGGAGUCGUGGGUCCAGAAUACAAAGACAAGCUUCUUUCUGCAGAGCGUGCAGUGACAGGAUACAAGGAUAAAUUCUCUGGUGCAACAUUUUCUGUGUUUCAGGCCAUGAAAAAUAAAUUGAUUUUAAAACAACAUGGAAUUCGACUCCUUGAAGCCCAGAUUGCUACAGGAGGCAUCAUCGACCCCCAGGCCAGCCAUAGACUUCCCGUGGAAGCGGCGUACAAGAGAGGACUCUUUGAUGAGGAAAUGAACCAGAUAUUAUCUGAUCCCAGCGAUGACACCAAAGGCUUUUUUGAUCCCAACACAGAAGAAAAUCUGACGUACAUGGAACAAAUGCAGCGUUGCAUCAUCGACCCAAACACCGGUCUCACUCUCCUUCCAAUCAAAGAGAAAAAAGGAAAGAGACCAGAGAAGAAGGUUCCCACCCAGAAAGAAGUUGCCAAGGCCACAGAUGACGCUCAAAAACUUGCGGCUGCACCGGUGCCCAAAGCUGAGAAGCAAGAAGAUGUGGAGGCCCUCAAAAAGACGACAGUUAACAUCCAGCUCGGGAGAUUUGCUGGUAAAAACCCAUCCCUCGAUGAGCUGUUACAAAGCAGUUUGAUUCCAGAAGAAAAGAGAAAUAAAUUGUUGGAGGAUUAUAAGUCAGGCAGGAUAAGCAGAGACCAACUCAUUUUGUACAUAAUUGAAUUCAUUACUGAAAGUGAACAGCAGAAACCAAUUGAUGAGCCAGUUCUAAAAGCAGCAGAAAAGGUGGAGAGUGACCUACCUGAUAGCAUACCACUAAAGCCAACACAGGUCCCUGAAGGAGCAUUGUUAUCAGAUCAGCAAGCAGUUGAAACCUUGAGGAAAACGAACGUUGACUUGCCAUUUGGGAAAUUUGCUGGUAAAAAAUAUACAUUGCAAGACAUCUUUGACAGUGACCUCAUAGACAAAAAGAACAAAGAAUGGUUAUUGAUGGACUUCAAAGCCGGCAAAAUACCCAAAGAACAAUUGAUUGUCUUGAUUAUUGAUAUAAUUCAACAGAAGGAAAAGAAGAAGGAUGUUGCCAAGGCCACAGGUGACGCUCAAAAACUUGCAGCUGCACCAGUGCCCAAAGCUGAGAAGCAGAAAGAUGUGGAGGCCCUCAAAAAGACGACAGUUAACGUCCAGCUUGGGAGAUUUGCUGGUAAAAAUCCAUCCCUCGAUGAGCUGUUACAAAGCGGCUUGAUUGGAGAAGAAAAUAAAAACAAGUUGCUGGAAGAUUACAAAUCGGGCAGGAUAAGCAAAGACCAACUCAUUUUGUACAUUAUUGAAUUCAUUACAACAGCUGAGAGUGAACAGCACAAACCAAAAGAGGCAAGUGAGGAGCCAGUCCUAAAAGCAGCUGAAACGGUACAGAGCGUUCUACCUGAUGGUGUGCCUCUAAAGCCAACAACAGUUCCGGCAGAAGACCUGCAGGCCAUUGAAUGGUUGAAGAAAAAAACUGUUGAUUUGCCAUUUGGAAAGUUUGCUGGAAAAAAAUACACAUUACAGGACAUUUUUGACAGUGACCUUGUAGAUGAAGACAAGAAAAAACAGUUGAUGGUGGACUAUAAAACUGGAAAAAUUACCCUUGAACAGCUGAUGUUAUUGAUCAUCGAAAUAAUUCAUCUAAAUGAAAGGGAAAAGACAAAGAAGGCCAUCACAUUCCAUGGUAUUCGCACUGAUGUGACAGUCGAUAAUCUGGUCAAAUCUGGUUUGCUGAAAGAAGACGUUGCCAAUCAGCUUGCAGAUGGUCUCAUUACACAGGAUGAAGUUCAAAAGCAAGUUGGAGGUUAUCUCGGGGGUAGUAGUGCAAUUGCAGGUCUGUAUGUUGAGGGAACAAAGGAAACGAUGUCUCUAUAUGAUGGCUUCAAGAAAAAUUUGAUCAAAACUGGAACGGGGCUUGUAUUGUUAGAAGCACAAGCAGCUAGUGGAUUUAUCAUAGACCCAGUGAAGAAUGAGAAAUUGUCUGUUGAAGAAGCUGUUCAGAAAGGAGUCGUGGGUCCAGAAUACAAAGACAAGCUUCUUUCUGCAGAGCGUGCAGUGACAGGAUACAAGGAUAAAUUCUCUGGUGCAACAUUUUCUGUGUUUCAGGCCAUGAAAAAUAAAUUGAUUUUAAAACAACAUGGAAUUCGACUCCUUGAAGCCCAGAUUGCUACAGGAGGCAUCAUUGACCCUCAGGCCAGCCAUAGACUUCCCGUGGAAGUGGCGUACAAGAGAGGACUCUUUGAUGAGGAAAUGAACCAGAUAUUAUCUGACCCCAGCGAUGACACCAAAGGCUUUUUUGAUCCCAACACAGAAGAAAAUCUGACGUACAUGGAACAAAUGCAGCGUUGCAUCAUAGACCCAGACACCGGUCUCACUCUCCUUCCAAUAAAAGAGAAAAAAGGAAAGGGACCAGAGAAGAAGGUUACCACCCAGAAAGAAGUUGCCAAGGCCACAGAUGACGCUCAAAAACUUGCAGCUGCACCAGUGCCCAAAGCUGAAAAGCAGGAAGACGUGAAGGCUCUCAAAAAGACGACAGUUAACAUCCAGGUUGGGAGAUUUGCUGGAAAAAAUCCAUCACUAAAUGAGCUGUUCCAAAGCGGUUUGAUUGCAGAAGAAAAGAGAAAUAAAUUGUUGGAGGAUUAUAAGUCAGGCAAGAUAAGCAAAGACCAACUCAUUUUGUACAUAAUUGAAUUCAUUACAACAGCUGAGAGUGAACAGUACAAACCAGAAAAGUCAAGUGAGGAGCCAGUUCUAAAAGCAGCUGAAACGAUACAGAGCGUUUUACCUGAUAGUGUGCCACUAAAGCCAACAACAGUUCCGGCAGAAGAACUGCAGGCCAUUGAACGGUUGAAGAAAAAAACUGUUGAUUUGCCAUUUGGAAAGUUUGCUGGAAAAAAAUACACAUUACAGGACAUUUUUGACAGUGACCUUGUAGAUGAAGACAAGAAAAAACAGUUGAUGGUGGACUAUAAAACUGGAAAAAUUACCCUUGAACAGCUGAUGUUAUUGAUCAUCGAAAUAAUUCGUCUAAAUGAAAGGGAAAGAACAAAGAAGGCCAUCACAUUCCAUGGUAUUCGCACUGAUGUGACAGUCGAUAAUCUGGUCAAAUCAGGAGUGCUCAAGGAAGAUGUUGCCAAUCAGCUUGCAGAUGGUCUCAUUACAAAAGACGACGUUCAAAAGCAAGUCAGAAAGUAUCUUGGAGGCAGUAAUGCCAUUGCAGGUUUAUACAUUGAGAAAACUAAAGAAACGAUGUCUCUGUACGAUGGCUUAAAGAAAAAGUUGAUCAAACUUGGAACAGGGCUUGUAUUGUUAGAAGCACAAGCAGCUAGUGGCUUCAUCAUAGAUCCAGUGAAAGAUCAGAAAUUGUCCGUUGAAGAAGCUGUUCAAAAAGGAGUCGUGGGUCGAGAGUACCAAGAUAAACUUCUCUCUGCAGAGCGCGCAGUGACCGGAUACAAGGAUCCCUUUUCCAAAGAGAAAUUGUCCUUGUUUCAGGCAAUGAAAAAAGAACUAAUAUUAAAAGCCCACGGAAUUCGACUCCUUGAAGCCCAGAUCGCCACAGGAGGCAUCAUUGACCCUCAGGCCAGCCAUAGACUUCCCGUGGAAGCGGCAUACAAGAGAGGACUCUUUGAUGAGGAAAUGAACCAGAUAUUAUCUGAUCCCAGCGAUGACACCAAAGGCUUUUUUGAUCCCAACACAGAAGAAAAUCUGACGUACAUGGAACAAAUGCAGCGUUGCAUCAUCGACCCAGACACCGGUCUCACUCUCCUUCCAAUCAAAGAGAAAAAAGGAAAGGGACCAGAGAAGAAGGUUCCCACCCAGAAAGAAGUUGCCAAGGCCACAGAUGACGCUCAAAAACUUGCAGCUGCACCGGUGCCCAAAGCUGAGAAGCAAGAAGAUGUGAAGGCUCUCAAAAAGACGACAGUUAACAUCCAGGUUGGGAGAUUUGCUGGAAAAAAUCCAUCACUAAAUGAGCUGUUACAAAGCGGUUUGAUAGCAGAAGAAAAGAGAAAUAAAUUGUUGGAGGAUUAUAAGUCAGGCAGGAUAAGCAAAGACCAACUCAUUUUGUACAUAAUUGAAUUCAUUACAACAGCUGAGAGUGAACAGUAUAAACCAGCAAAGUCAAGUGAGGAACCAGUUCUAAAAGCAGCUGAAACGGUACAGAGCGUUCUACCUGAUAGUGUGCCUCUAAAGCCAACAACAGUUCCGGCAGAAGAACUGCAGGCCAUUGAACGGUUGAAGAAAAAAACUGUUGAUUUGCCAUUUGGAAAGUUUGCUGGAAAAAAAUACACAUUACAGGACAUUUUUGACAGUGACCUUGUAGAUGAAGACAAGAAAAAACAGUUGAUGGUAGACUAUAAAACUGGAAAAAUUACCCUUGAACAGCUGAUGUUUUUGAUCAUCGAAAUAAUUCAUCUAAAUGAAAGGGAAAAGACAAAGAAGGCCAUCACAUUCCAUGGUAUUCGCACUGAUGUGACAGUCGAUAAUCUGGUCAAAUCAGGAGUGCUCAAGGAAGAUGUUGCCAAUCAGCUUGCAGAUGGUCUCAUUACAAAGGACGACGUUCAAAAGCAAGUCAGAAAGUAUCUUGGAGGCAGUAAUGCCAUUGCAGGUUUAUACAUUGAGAAAACUAAAGAAACGAUGUCUCUGUACGAUGGCUUAAAGAAAAAGUUGAUCAAACUGGGAACAGGGCUUGUAUUGUUAGAAGCACAAGCAGCUAGUGGCUUCAUCAUAGAUCCGGUGAAAGAUCAGAAAUUGUCCGUUGAAGAAGCUGUUCAGAAAGGAGUCGUGGGUCGAGAGUACCAAGAUAAACUUCUCUCUGCAGAGCGCGCAGUGACAGGAUACAAGGAUCCCUUUUCCAAAGAGACAUUGUCCUUGUUUCAGGCGAUGAAAAAAGAACUAAUAUUAAAAGCCCACGGAAUUCGACUCCUUGAAGCCCAGAUCGCCACAGGAGGCAUCAUUGACCCUCAGGCCAGCCAUAGACUUCCCGUGGAAGCGGCGUACAAGAGAGGACUCUUUGAUGAGGAAAUGAACCAGAUAUUAUCUGACCCCAGCGAUGACACCAAAGGCUUUUUUGAUCCCAACACAGAAGAAAAUCUGACAUACAUGGAGCAAAUGCAGCGUUGCAUCAUCGACCCAGACACAGGUCUCACUCUCCUUCCAAUCAAAGAGAAAAAAGGAAAGGGACCAGAGAAGAAGGUUCCCACCCAGAAAGAAGUUGCCAAAGCCACAGACGACGCUCAAAAACUUGCAGCUGCACCAGUCCCCAAAGCUGAAAAGCAGGAAGACGUGGAGGCCCUCAAAAAGAUGACAGUUAGCAUCCAGGUUGGGAGAUUUGCUGGAAAAAAACCAUCACUAGAUGAGCUGUUACAAAGCGGCUUGAUUGCAGAAGAAAAUAAAAACAAGUUGCUGGAAGAUUACAAGUCUGGAAAGAUUAGCAAAGAUCAACUAAUUUUGUACAUAAUUGAAUUCAUUACAACAGCUGAAAGUGAACAGCAGAAACCAAAACAGAAACGUCCUGCUCGGAAUGAAGCUGAAUCCCUGUCGCCUCAUGUCGAAGAUCCAGCGAAACUUGUAAAGACAACAGUUGAUAUAAAUUUUGGAAGGUUUGCUGGCAAAAAUCCUUCACUUGAUGAUAUUUUCCUAAGUGGCUUGAUUGCAGAUGAAAAGAAAAAUAAACUUUUGGAGGACUACAAAUUGGGCAAAAUAAAUAAGGAACAACUGAUACUGUAUAUCAUUGAGAUAAUUCAGAAUGCUGAAGAUGUGCAAGACAAAGCACUGAAGGCUUCCCAGCAGCCAGUGCGACAGCAAGAAAGGACUCCACAAAAAGUGGAGCAUGGAAAACGUGUAACUACAAUUGCAGAUGAAAAGGUAUUAGAAGACUUAAAAAACAUGGCCGUUGAACUUCCGUUUGAACAAUUUGCUGGUAAGAAUGCCUCCCUGCUGGACGUGCUAGAUAGUGAUUUGGUGGAGAGUGACAAAAAGCAGCAAUUGAUAGAGGAUUACAAAUUAGGCAAAAUUACCCUGCAAGAGCUUUAUAUUUUAAUCAUAGAAAUUGUGCAGAGGAAGUCAAAGCCAGAAAAGAUUAAAGCCAAAACCACUGAUCCUGCCUCUCCACUGAAAGAGAUUGAGGUCACCAAGACUGUCGAGCCUUCCACUAAACUUGUGGCCAAAUCACCAAAGCAAGAUCUAUCAAUGAGCUUUGAGAAUACAACAGUUGAGCUACCAUUUGGAAUGUUCGCUGGAAAAAAAGCAUCCCUCAAAGACAUUUUUGAAAGUGACUUGAUUGAUGCCGACAAGAAAAAUGCAUUGACUGAAGAUUAUAGCUCUGGGAAAAUAACCCUAGAACAGUUGCUGUUCUUUGUGAUUGAGUAUGUGCAAGCUAAAGAGCUAGGCACACAGGAGAUGAAGAAAAAAUACCUUGAUGUAACCGAAAUCGAUACACCCGUGCAAAAACACACUCCACUUGUCACGAAGACAGUUGUAACAUCCACAAGAAAGGAGGGUGCAUCAGCAGAAACAACUGAAGCCUUGAAGCAGACAACAAUCGAUUUGCCUUUUGGAAAAUUUGCUGGGAAAAAUCCCUCACUUCAGGAGAUUUUGGAGAGUGACAUAAUUGAAGAUGACAAGAAGGAACAACUCAUGAAUGACUACACAUCUGGAAAAAUAACCCUUGAACAGCUCCUCUUCUUUAUCAUUGAGAUCAUCCAAGCCAAGGAAGGUGGUAAAGCAGGAGAAAAAGUAUUACUAAAACGUUUGCCCGAGGAAACGGGCAAACCAGCAUCAUCAUCCGUGACAUCAUUAGUUACCAAAACAGUCGUGACAACAACAAGAAGGGAAGGACUGUCUCCAGAACAAGAAGCUUUGGAGAGCCUGUCUAGAACAACAGUGAAACUGCCAAUUGGGAAGUAUUCUGAUAAAAGUAUGUCACUCCAGGAGAUUUUGGAUAGUGGUGAAAUUGAGGAUGCAAAGAAGAAGGAACUCAUAGACGAUUACAAGAUUGGUAAGAUCACGCUGGAGCAGCUGUUGGUCUUAAUCAUUGAAAUUAUCCAGGCAAAAGAACUUGGAGGGACUGGGCACAAAGUGGUUGUGAAGAAAGUCACUGCGGAAAAGCAAACUCCAGAAGAUAAUGGUGAAUCCAGUUCAAGUGCAACUCAAACUGUAAUCAAGAAGACGGUGGUGACGACAACCAGUAAGGCUGGUUCAUCUCCGGAAGAUGCACUGGAGACCCUGAAGAGAACAACCAUAGAUUUGCCAAUAGGAAAGUUUGCUGGGAAAAAGAUGUCGCUUCAGGAGAUCUUAGAUGGUGGAGAGAUUGAUGAAGACAAGAGGAAGGAGCUCAUGGAAGAUUACAAAAAAGGAAAAAUAAAUCUGGAACAGCUGCUUGUUUUCAUCAUUGAGAUUAUUCAGGCUAAAGAAAGUGGCACAGCACAGCCUAAAAUCGUGGUAAAAAAGAUGACAUCAGAACCGUCUGAUUCAGCAGAUGUGGAUGAGCCUACCUCUACAUCAAGAUCAGUGGUCACCAAAACAGUUGUGACAACUAGAAGACAAGAAGGACUAUCUCCAGAACAAGAGGCUUUGGAGAGCCUGUCUAGAACAACAGUGAAAUUGCCAAUUGGGAAGUAUUCUGAUAAAAGUAUGUCACUCCAGGAGAUUUUGGAUGGUGGUGAAAUUGAGGAUGCAAAGAAGAAGGAACUCAUAGACGAUUACAAGAUUGGUAAGAUCACACUGGAGCAGCUGUUGGUCUUAAUCAUUGAAAUUAUCCAGGCAAAAGAACUUGGAGGGACUGGGCACAAAGUGGUUGUGAAGAAAGUCACUGCGGAAAAGCAAACUCCAGAAGAUAAUGGUGAAUCCAGUUCAAGUGCAACUCAAACUAUCAUCAAGAAGACGGUGGUGACGACGACCAGUAAGGCUGGUUCAUCUCCGGAAGAAGCACUGGAGACCCUGAAGAGAACAACCAUAGAUUUGCCAAUAGGAAAGUUUGCUGGGAAAAAGAUGUCGCUUCAGGAGAUCUUAGAUGGUGGAGAGAUUGAUGAGGACAAGAGGAAGGAGCUCAUGGAAGAUUACAAAAAAGGAAAAAUAAAUCUGGAACAGCUGCUCGUUUUCAUCAUUGAGAUUAUUCAGGCUAAAGAAAGUGGCACAGCACAGCCUAAAAUCGUGGUAAAAAAGAUGACAUCAGAACCAUCUGAUUCAGCAGAUGUGGAUGAGCCUACCUCUACAUCAAGAUCAGUGGUCACCAAAACAGUUGUGACAACUAGAAGACAAGAAGGACUAUCUCCAGAACAAGAAGCUUUGGAGAGCCUGUCUAGAACAACAGUGAAACUGCCAAUUGGGAAGUAUUCUGAUAAAAGUAUGUCACUCCAGGAGAUUUUGGAUGGUGGUGAAAUUGAGGAUGCAAAGAAGAAGGAACUCAUAGACGAUUACAAGACUGGUAAGAUCACACUGGAGCAGCUGUUGGUCUUAAUCAUUGAAAUUAUCCAGGCAAAAGAACUUGGAGGGACUGGGCACAAAGUGGUUGUGAAGAAAGUCACAGCAGAAAAACAAACUCCAGAAGAUAAUGGUGAAUCCAGUUCAAGUGCAACUCAAACUGUCAUCAAGAAGACGGUGGUGACGACGACCAGCAAGGCUGGUUCAUCUCCUGAGGAAGAUGCAUUAGACACUUUGAAGAGAACAACCAUUGAUUUGCCAAUAGGAAAGUUUGCUGGGAAGAAGAUGUCGCUUCAGGAGAUCUUAGAUGGUGGAGAGAUUGAUGAGGACAAGAGGAAGGAGCUCAUGGAAGAUUACAAAAAAGGAAAAAUAAAUCUGGAACAGCUGCUUGUUUUCAUCAUUGAGAUUAUUCAGGCUAAAGAAAGUGGCACAGCACAGCCUAAAAUCGUGGUAAAAAAGAUGACAUCAGAACCAUCUGAUUCAGCAGAUGUGGAUGAGCCUACCUCUACAUCAAGAUCAGUGGUCACCAAAACAGUUGUGACAACUAGAAGACAAGAAGGACUAUCUCCAGAACAAGAGGCUUUGGAGAGCCUGUCUAGAACAACAGUGAAAUUGCCCAUUGGGAAGUAUUCUGAUAAAAGUAUGUCACUCCAGGAGAUUUUGGAUGGUGGUGAAAUUGAGGAUGCAAAGAGGAAGGAACUCAUAGACGAUUACAAGAUUGGUAAGAUCACACUGGAGCAGCUGUUGGUCUUAAUCAUUGAAAUUAUCCAGGCAAAAGAACUUGGAGGGACUGGGCACAAAGUGGUUGUGAAGAAAGUCACAGCAGAAAAACAAACUCCAGAAGAUAAUGGUGAAUCCAGUUCAAGUGCAACUCAAACUGUCAUCAAGAAGACGGUGGUGACGACGACCAGCAAGGCUGGUUCAUCUCCUGAGGAAGAUGCAUUAGACACUUUGAAGAGAACAACCAUUGAUUUGCCAAUAGGAAAGUUUGCUGGGAAGAAGAUGUCGCUUCAGGAGAUCUUAGAUGGUGGAGAGAUUGAUGAGGACAAGAGGAAGGAGCUCAUGGAAGAUUACAAAAAAGGAAAAAUAAAUCUGGAACAGCUGCUUGUUUUCAUCAUUGAUAUUAUUCAGGCUAAAGAAAGUGGCACAGCACAGCCUAAAAUCGUGGUAAAAAAGAUGACAUCAGAACCGUCUGAUUCAGCAGAUGUGGAUGAGCCUACCUCUACAUCAAGAUCAGUGGUCACCAAAACAGUUGUGACAACUAGAAGACAAGAAGGACUAUCUCCAGAACAAGAGGCUUUGGAGAGCCUGUCUAGAACAACAGUGAAAUUGCCAAUUGGGAAGUAUUCUGAUAAAAGUAUGUCACUCCAGGAGAUUUUGGAUGGUGGUGAAAUUGAGGAUGCAAAGAAGAAGGAACUCAUAGACGAUUACAAGAUUGGUAAGAUCACACUGGAGCAGCUGUUGGUCUUAAUCAUUGAAAUUAUCCAGGCAAAAGAACUUGGAGGGACUGGGCACAAAGUGGUUGUGAAGAAAGUCACUGCGGAAAAGCAAACUCCAGAAGAUAAUGGUGAAUCCAGUUCAAGUGAGUCGCAAACUGUCAUUAAGAAGACGGUGGUGACGACAACCAGAGCAGAUAGUUCAUCCCCAGAAGAUGCAUUAGAGACACUGAAGAGAACAACCAUUGAUUUGCCAAUUGGAAAGUUUGCUGGAAAAAAGAUGUCACUUCAAGAGAUAUUAGAUGGUGGGGAAAUUGACGAUAUGAAAAGGAAGGAACUCAUUGACAACUACAAAUCUGGCAAAAUUACCUUAGAACAGCUGCUUGUUUUUAUGAUUGAGUUUAUUCAAGCUAAAGGAAGCGGCGUGUCUGGGCCUAAAGUAACAGUGAAAAAAGUCACAGCUGAAAAAUCCAGUUCAUCAGAAAUAGAGGACCCUACCUCUCCAUCAAGGGUGGCAUCAGUCGUUACAAAAACAGUCGUGACAACAACAAGAAAAGAGGGUCUCUCUCCAGAACAAGAAGUUUUGGAAAGUCUUUCCAGGACUACCGUUAAGUUACCAGUUGGACGGUUUUCCAAUAAAAGUAUGUCACUCCAGGAUAUUUUAGACAGUGGAGAGAUUGAUGAUGUUAAAAGGCAAGAACUUAUAGAUAAUUACAAAACUGGAAAAAUUACUCUUCAGGAUCUUCUGGUUUACAUAAUUGAGAUAAUUCAGGCUAAGGAACUGGGGGAGACUGGGCAUAAAGUUGUGCUGAAGAAGGUAACUGCUGAAAAGUAUACUCCCGAAGAGACUGCCGACCCAAGGUCAACACAAACUGUUGUUAGGAAGACAGUGGUGACAACAACCAGAAAAGAUGAUUCAUCCACAGGGGAAGAUGUUAUGGAGAUGCUGAAGAGAACUACAGUUGAUUUACCUGUCGGAAGAUUUGCUGGGAAAAAGAUGACGAUCAUGGAUAUUUUGGAAAGUGGUUUAUUGGAAACAGAUGAAAAGCAGAAACUCUUGGACGACUAUAAAUCUGGAAAAAUUAACAUUCAAGACCUACUCAUGUCCAUCGUUCACAUUGUGCAGGAGAAAGAACUGGGGCAAACUGGCCAAAAAAUAUCAUUUAAAACAGUAACUGCCGAAAAACGUGUUUCAGAAACAGCACAAUAUACGCAUUCUGCCAGCGCAGAAGAAAAUGUUGAGCAGAGUCUUCAAAGGACAACAGUAACUUUACCCAUUGGGAAGUUUUCUGGCCAAAAGAUUUCCCUUCUUGAAGUUCUAGACAGUGGGGAAAUUGACGAAGAGAAGAAAACCCAGUUGAUUAACGAUUAUAAAUCUGGAAAAAUAAAUCUUGAGCAGCUGUUGCUAAUCAUCAUUGAAAUUAUUCAGACAAAAGAAAGUGGAGCCAAACAUAAGGUUAUGAUCAAGCAGAACACCCCAGAAUCACUUGCAAUGGGAGAGACAGAAAGUUCAUUAGCUGUGUCAAAACAAACUGUUGUCACGUCAACAGUUGUGCAAACAUCGAGUGUGCAGGGUGCGUCUCCACAGGAGAUUGUGGAACAUCUCAAGAAAACCUCAAUUGAUGUCUCUUUUGGAAGGUUUGCUGGCAAAAAGCCAUCAGUUCAGGACAUUUUAGACAGUGGGUUGAUAGAUCCUGGCAAGAAGCAGCAGCUGAUGAACGAUUUGAGGUCUGGAAAGAUAACAAUUGAGCAACUCCUGAUAAUAAUCAUUGAAAUUAUUCAUAAGAAGGAAGGAGAGCAGGUAUCUCGUGAAGAGCUGGCGGUGAAGAAAGUGCCAGCGGUUGUGGUCCAAGAAGCUAGGGACGAGCCCAGUGAUUCCAAGUCUGCCAGGAAAGUUUUAACAGUGGCACAAGUAGAAGCAGACUUAAAGUCUAUUUCAAUUGAGCUACCUUCAAAGACGUUUUCUAACAAAAAGGUAACUGUGCAGGAAUUGUUUGCCAGUGAUACCAUUGAAGAAAGCAAGAAAAAACAGCUCAUGGAAGAUUACAGAACAGGCAAAAUCACGCAGCAGCAGCUCAUUAUUUUGAUCAUUGAAAUAAUUACUAGCACAGGAAAGGGAAUUUCAUCGAAGGAGAAGUACGUUUUUUCAGAGGAGCAGGCAACACAAAACUUCAGUAACACUACAGUGGACGUACCAGUGGGGAAGUUUUCUGGUAAAAAGGUUACAAUUCAAGAACUCUUCCAGACCGAUCUCAUUGACAGUGAAAAGAAGAAGCAACUGAUCCAAGAUUACCGAUCGGGCAAAAUAACACUGCAAGUUCUCAUAAUCAUAAUUAUUGAGAUAAUUGAGAAAAGAGAGAAGGAAAUCAAAAAGUCACCAAUCACGUUUAAAGGAUUCAGGCGGCAAGUGACCAUAAGUGAGUUGAUGGACUCCGGACUAAUAAACGAGACGACCGCGAGCAAACUCAAAGAUGGCUCUGUGAGCGUGAAUGAAGUAAGUGAAUCGCUUAAAGUGUUCCUGGAGGGCACAAGCAGCAUCGCCGGCGUAUUUGUGGACCGCACCAAGGAGAUACUUUCCAUAUAUGCGGCCAUGAAACGAGGGCUUAUCAGACCUGGCACUGCUUUUGAGCUGCUUGAGGCACAGGCAGCCACGGGAUACAUAAUUGAUCCAGUCAAGAAACAAAAACUACUGGUUGAGGAAGCUAUCAAAUUGGGAGUUGUUGGAGAAGAAUUCAAGGACAAACUUCUCUCUGCCGAGCGUGCAGUCACGGGAUACAAAGAUCCGUACACAGAUCAGAAAAUAUCAAUAUUCCAAGCCAUGAAAAAGCAGAUGAUUGUGAAAAAUCAUGGAAUCCGACUACUGGAAGCGCAGAUUGCCACGGGAGGAAUCAUCGAUCCGCACGCGAGUCACAGAAUCCCUGUGGAGCUGGCGUACAAACGAGGCCUGUUCGAUGAAGAAAUGAAUCAAAUCUUGCUCGAUCCAAGUGAUGACACCAAGGGCUUCUUUGACCCCAACACCGAGGAGAAUCUGACAUACAUGGAACUUCUGCAACGCUGCUCUAAAGAUUCUUCUGGCCUCUAUCUCCUGAUGCUGAAAGACAAAAAGCCUGAACGCAAGAUGUCGUCCAAGUCGUCCGUACGCAAACGGAAAAUCAUAGUUGUCGACCCAGACACCGGCAAGGAAAUGACGGUGUACGAGGCCUACAUGAAGGGUCUCAUAGACCAGCCUACAUACCUACAGCUAUCGGCUCAAGAAAGCGAGUGGGAAGAGAUCACCAUCACAUCUUCAGAUGGCGUCACUACAUCGCUUCUGGUGGACAGAAAGUCGGGAAGACAGUUCAGUAUCGACGAGUCGCUGGCUGAAGGUGUCAUUAACGAACAGACUGUUCAGCUCUACAGAUCGGGAAAAAUGACGAUAUUUGAGCUCGGGGACCAGUUGUCCGGCACGUCAAGUGGCUCUCGUUCACGCUCCUCAUCCUUUGGAGCAUCCUCGGUUCCUGCAAGCCCUCAGGCAGGCUCAAAAGUGCCAUCGGUUCCCUGGAGUGACCCCACAGAGGAGACAGUGCCAAUUGGAGGCAUUUUGGAUCUUCAGAAGUUCGAGAAAAUCUCUAUUACUGAAGCCAUUCGCCGCAACCUUGUAGACACCAUCACGGGACAGAGGCUCUUAGAAGCCCAGGCUUGUACGGGUGGGAUCAUCAACCCAGCCACAGGAGGACGGUGCAGCAUCCCGGAAGCUGUAACCCAGGGACUCUUAGAUAAGUACAUGGCUGAUAAGCUAAAUCAAGCCAACAAAGCCUACCAUGGAUUUGAAGACCUGAGGACCAAGGCUAUAUUCCACACCGGCCAAGCCAUGAAGAAGGGCCUCCUGUUCCAGGAGGCAGGAACGCGCAUCUUUGAAGUGCAAUACCUCACCGGCGGCAUCAUCGACUCGGGAAAACCCGAGCGGAUUCAGCUCGACGAAGCGGUCGAGAAGGGCAUCGUGGACAACUACACCGCCAAGAAGAUCCGCGACGUCAAUUCACACCUCAAAUACCUGGUGUGCCCCAAAACCAAGGCGCGGAUCACGUUCAAAGACGCCCUGGACCGCUCCAUGACAGACGAGGAGACGGGCGUACGGUUGCUGGAGGCGUCGGGGCUGACGAGCCGUUACAGCGCCAGCACGCCGAGCUCGGGCUUCGGGUCACGCUCGGGCUCCCGCCCGGGGUCGCGCCGUGGAAGCUUCGACGCCACGGGAUCCGGGACGCCGUCCACCUUCCUCUCGCCAUCUUCGUACACCUCCACGAGCUUCAGCCGCCGCUGAGGCCUGACGUGGUCCCGUUUUCGAUUCGAUUUUUUUUGAAAGGUCCAAGAUUGGGGGAGUUUGUUCGAGGAAAUGCGGUGAAAGUGGUCAUGGGGAGAUGCGAUCUAGCUAAUGUGGCUUGUUUGUUUUAUUGCUUACAUUAGCACCGAAUGUCCGCGGGUUUGAAACUCUGCUUUGUUAGCUUGCACACCAAAUCGUGUACUUUCGAGUAUGGUUGGCCUUUUAAUUAAAACAAAAAAAUCAUUUUUAACGAGGUUGAAAGUUUACUCCAUAGAGAGUAAUACAAAUAUCAAUGUUGUGGGCAAAUUGUUGAGCAUGUUGCUUCCAGUAAUUUUUUGGAUUACCCUGUUAACUAUUUUUCGCUGUUCCAACUUUGUUGUUUUCCAGGCCAGGCUACAAAUUUAUAAGUGCUCACACUUUGUUUUGUUUGUUACGUAAGCAAAUGUCACCACUACAAACAUGCUUAGGCGAAAACGAGAUUGUAGGUUAUCAUUUUUACGUCUCUAUAUUUACAGAAAUGUGUCGUUGCUUUAGGAGUUUGCAUGCUUUUCAGAACCACGGAUAAAUGGUCACUUUCCCUUUAAAUGCUAAAUACGGAAACCUUGCGCGAUUUAAAUAACAUCACCUGUGGGCCAUAUGCAUGUAUCCUGGAUUACAUUUUCUUUCGCAAAGUUGGGGGUUUUGUUUUGUAAGUUUUGUUAUGCAUGUUAGAUUAAACGAUGGCAGUCUUUGAGUAUUUCUGCACAGUGGAAUAGUUUAUAGUAUUACAGCAUUGCACACAAAAGUGCUUUUGUAAACUUCCGUGCCUGCAUCUCCUUAACACGUUUAAUUUUGGCUCCUUGGCUAACUUGGUAGUCGUUCGCCAUUAGAAUGUAUUUUUAACAAACUAUAUAUACACUUCAGUUACCAAGGCUUUGGCAGUUGUGUUGUUGCUGUAUUUAAACAAAUUAGCCUUGAAGAUCUGACACUGAAUUGUUUAAAACAAAGAGCUGCUGAAAUGUAUUAAGAUGUAACAAAAAACGGUUUAAAACAGUUUGGAGACUAGUGGACUAAACCAAAGAAGAGUGUUUAGAUUUGUGAGCAUCGGUACAUUGCAAAAGUGCUGUUAUAAGUUUAGAGCGAUUUUAACCUGAAAAUGCUCAUGCUAUGUAGUGUUAAUAAAAUAGAAAAGGUUGUAAA